AGCCAGAGAGAAGUGAUAAGACCGCUAGGGAAGCGGCGUGACAUCUGCCAUGCGAGCCGGCAGGGGGCAGAGCAAGCAGUAUGUCACGUGGAGUGAUCGCUACGGGAGCCGAGAGGGUUGCGUGCGGGUAGAGGGGGGUCUUUCCCACCGCCUGAAAGACUGCGUUACUCACAGGAGUCGCGGACUCUUCUUGCCCUGAGCUGGAGACGGGGGCUUCGCGGCCUGGGACUGCUGCCCUGGGGCGUCGGGAGGCCUGGCGCUGGGGCUGCUCCUCCGCCGGCGGGGAUACUCGGCCUUCCUCCGGCGGGACACAGCGGCGGCGGCGGCCGCAGCGGCCCGGCCCCGGUCCCGACCUCCCCUCAGCACGCGGCUGCUAGUGGUCCCCCCAGGGGCCGCCGCCGCCGCUUCAGGGGGCUGUUGCUGGGGCUCCUCCGGAGCCGCCUUGGCCGCCGCCGCCUCUCCCCCUUCCUGGUCCUGCUGCUCCGGGGGUCUCGGCUCUUCCGUCUCCCCCGGCAUCGGGACUCGUCCGCCCCCCACCCCCUAGUCCCAGGCGGUGGAGGCGGAGGCGGCGGCGGCCGCGGCGCUGCUCCCCCCGCCCCCCGGAGCGACCGGCUCACUCUCACUCGGCGCUCCUCGUUCCCCCCCUCCCCUCCGCCCGGCUCCGAGGGCGCCCCCCCCACCCCCUGCCACUCAAGGCCUUCUACCGCAGGCGGCGCGCGCGCGCCCGCCACAGACGCGCAGCGGACCAAUCGGAGAGGAGGAACGGCUUCUUCGCCCCGCCCCCCAAGGAAAAAAGAUACGGAGCCAGAGGCGGAGAGGAUGCUGGGAGUGUUUGACUGAUGCGCGAUGGGAAAGAUGCCUUGUUGGAGGAACUGGAAUACUCCACCCUCCAGGAGAGUGAUGAAUACUCCAACACAGCUUCUUCUCCCCUGGAUCAGCAUUCCAGAAAGGAGAGUAACCAUGCUGAGAUCUCAAGUGCCCCUUCCAUUCCGGAUGACUCAAGUCCCUUUCCGUGAGGUCCAGGAGCCAAAGGAAUCACCACCACCUCCUAAAACCUCAGCAGCUGUGCAGUUGGAGGAGCUGAUGGCCCACCUGUGUGAAAUGCAGACCCAGGUUACAGUGAAAGCAGAUACAAGCAAGAAACACUUACCAGACAAGCAGGAUCAAAAGGCCUCCCUGGACUCAAUGCUGGGGGGCUUGGAGCAGGAACUGCAGGACCUUGGAAUUGCGACAGUGCCCAAGGGCCAUUGUGUUUCCUGCUGGAAACCGAUUGCUGGAAAGGUGAUCCAUGCUCUAGGGCAAGCAUGGCAUCCGGAGCACUUCGUCUGCGCUCACUGCAAAAAGGAGAUUGGCUCCAGUCCCUUCUUUGAGCGGAGUGGCUUGGCCUACUGCCCCAAGGACUACCACCACCUUUUUUCUCCACGCUGUGCUUACUGUGCUGCUCCCAUCCUGGAUAAAGUGCUGACGGCCAUGAACCAAACCUGGCACCCAGAGCACUUCUUCUGCGCUCACUGUGGAGAGGUGUUUGGUGAAGAAGGCUUUCAUGAGAAGGACAAGAAGCCGUAUUGCAGGAAGGAUUUCUUAGCCAUGUUCUCACCCAAGUGUGGUGGCUGCAACCGCCCAGUGCUGGAAAACUACCUUUCAGCCAUGGACACUGUCUGGCACCCAGAGUGCUUUGUCUGUGGGGACUGCUUUAGCAGUUUUUCUACUGGCUCCUUCUUUGAACUGGAUGGACGUCCCUUCUGUGAACUCCACUACCAUCACCGCCGAGGAACCCUUUGCCACGGGUGUGGGCAGCCCAUCACUGGUCGCUGCAUCAGUGCCAUGGGCUACAAGUUCCAUCCCGAGCACUUUGUAUGUGCUUUCUGCCUGACGCAGCUGUCGAAGGGGAUCUUCAGAGAGCAGAAUGACAAGACCUACUGUCAACCCUGCUUCAAUAAGCUCUUCCCACUAUAAUCUCAGCUAUACCUACACCCUCUUCUGAUUUGCUAUAAAAUUUAAACCAAGAGAGGAAAGAGUACAUUUGUACUUACUGACCUUCUGCUCAAUAGGCUUACAGAGAAAGCAAAGAUGAUGAACAAAUAAGGGAACGUCUAGAUGUUACAUGACUAGGCUUGUGGUAUUAAGUUUUGAUUUAAAGCCUUACUUUUUUUUUUUAUCAGGUACUUGAAUUUAGAUCUGGGACCUGCUGUCUAGUGCCUCUGCAGAUGUAUUUUCCACAGGCACACAUUCAUUCCACACUGGUAUACUCACAUUUCUCCAUUUUCACCCCUAUGAUGACUCUACUCAGAUAUUCUCUUUUCUGGCCCUCGUAACUGGGUCUUUUAAGCUGCCCGCAUUUCCCUGUGACUCACUUUCUCACAGUCACUGCUGCAGACUUUAUUCUUGCUAUUGGGAAUCAUGAUAUCACUCUUAAGCUCCUUGCAUUUCCUUUCAGUGUAUUUCUUUUUCAAGAGAAAGUAGAUUUUUAACUGGACAACUUUGAAUACUGACAUCAUUGAUAAAUAAAGUAGCUUGUGGUUUUAAUGACUCAAUGUCAUAUUACUUUGGUAAAUAAACUUUCUGCUUCCCAUGUUAUAAACUAGGCACAAUGUGCAAUUAAAUUUGUAUCAUACCUCUUGUUUACUUCCAUACAAUGGACACUUCGUUUAAAUCAAAAGAAAUUAAAAGGGGGGACUCCUAGUCACUAACUUUUCUCUUAAUUUGGGCUCAUAACAUUCACUUUAUUUUAUUUUUUGCACUUUGGUGAUUGAUUAAAAGAUGGCAAAGCUUCUUAAAAGUUUUUCAUCACUUUGUUUACCUAUGGAAAAAGUGAUUUCCACUAGGCAAUUCCAAAUUCAUAUUUGCAUAUGUAUGCAUAUCUCCAAACUCAUAAAUUUGUAUCUAUUUGUCCAAUUUUCUUGUAUAUCAAUUAUAUCUCAAUAAAGCUGUUUGA